GUAGAUUUUAAGUCCAAACAUUUGCAUCACAAUCACACAAGAUGAACGAAACUAAGAAUUAAGGAAAGAACGACGACAGUCUCUCGAUCGUGGAAUUAUUGACAUUUAUCUAAAGAUAGUUACUCAUUUGGUCAGUACAUACGAGAGGUCAGUGCACGUCACGUAGGUACCAUUCGGAGUGCAAAAUUUGAUGAAAAUUUAUCUGAUUUUGUGGUUAAAAAAGGAGUCUUUCCUGAGACUCUCUCGCGGCAGAACAUUGGGGGACAGUUCGCAGAGGUCUCAGGUUUAGGGAGAAUUUCUAAUCUACGUAAAAUAGUGGCGAACGUUUGAAGAAGUGAUCGCGUAUACUUUGGAAGUAUUCGCGGUGUCCUAUGUAAUAUUUUGGUGUUGCAUUUGAAAACUGUUCUUUUCUUAAAGCAUUGCUGUCGUUUCGACGUCUGUAAAGAACAGACGGAGCGUACGACAGGUUAUGUCAGCUGGAUUGGCAGGUGCUGUCUCAAAUCAGCGGAUGAAAGGGCAAACCAACAAUCAAGUAAGCAAUGGUCCAAAGGAACAUCAGCAACAGCAACAACAAUCAGAACAUGCUGCUGGAGAAGAUACUGGGUUUGAUUCAUGGAGAGGAAGUAAUAAUACGCAGCAUCAUUCAAGUUAUCCAAUUAGUACCGGCGAUCCUUAUAGUCAAUACUAUGCAGGAACAUCAUUUCCUUAUCAAGCGUUUGGUGCCGGGGAUGGUACCUGGUCAAAUGGAACAGAUCCAGUUGCAUUUCUCUCUGGAUACGGAGGUCAAAUAAGCCAUGAUGCAUAUGGUAUGGAUGGAAUGUUCUCCAGUGCUGGUGGUGGUUUUAGUACAUUUGGUCAACCAGCAUUCAAUUACUUUCAUGGAAAUGGUGAUUUUAGUGCUUGGAGCACACCUAGAAAAACUCGCUAUGAAGAUUAUUAUCAGGCACCAAGAGGAAAUGAGAGUUACCCGACACCGAGUAGCGCUACUAUUAAGACUAUUGAACAAAGUGUACAAAGCUUAUCGAUUGGAAGCGGGGAGGUUCCAAGACAAGAUCAACAAACAACAUCUAAUCAGCAGAUCAAAUCUGAAGCAAAGGAGCCAAGGAAAGUUACUUGGGCAAGCGUAGCGAGUCAACCUGCUAAACCUGUUCCUCCGCUUUCUUCGUCGCAAGGAAUGAAAAAGAAAGCUGGAAUGCCACCACCACCUAUUGUACCAGGGAAACACAAUAUGGAUAUAGGAACAUGGGGCGAAGGAAAAUCAUCUGCUCCUCCACCGCCAACUGCACCUCCACCACCGCAAGUGCAACCUCCAGUUCCACCCCCUCCGCCACCUGUUCAGAGACAAAGACCACCCCCUCCACCUUGCUGGAACAGGCAACAAUCAACUCCUCCGCCACUUCCCCAAUCGCAGAUUCAUAUACCGACUCAAUCACAGCACCAACAACAUCAACAGCAUCAGCAGCAUCCGCAGCAUCAACAUCAGCAACAUCAAGCCCAGCAGCAACAGCAACAACAACAGCAACAACAACAACAACAACAACAGCAGCAACAGCAGCAGCAACAACAACAACAACAUCAAUCUCAUCCCGUUUUGGAUGAACUUAAAGUGAAAAAUGAUUAUAAUCCAGUAGAAUUUGAUCAGACUGCACCUGGAGCUAGGUUUUUUGUAAUUAAAUCUUAUUCAGAAGAUGACAUUCAUAGAUCCAUUAAAUACGAAAUUUGGUGUAGUACAGAACAUGGAAACAAAAGACUGGAUCAGGCAUAUAGAGAAGCUAGCCGUGAGGGCGCACCUUUGUAUCUUUUUUUUUCUGUUAAUGGAUCUGGCCACUUUUGUGGUAUGGCUCAAAUGGUUUCUCCUGUCGAUUAUCAAAGUAAUAGCUCUGUUUGGUCUCAAGAUAAAUGGAAGGGACAAUUUAGAGUUCGUUGGAUUUAUGUCAAAGAUGUCCCUAAUAUGGAAUUACGACAUAUUAAAUUAGAAAACAAUGAAUAUAAACCAGUAACAAAUUCAAGGGAUGCGCAAGAAGUUCCUCAUGCGAAGGGUGUAACAGUUUUGCGUAUACUGCAUACUUAUCGUCAUUCUACUAGUAUUUUUGAUGAUUUUGGACAUUAUGAAAGAAGACAAGCAGAGGAAGAUCAACGUAAAGCACCUUUGAAUUCUAUGCAGCAUCAUCACCCUUCUUCCAAUCAUAGAAAUAGAGGACAUCCAGGAGAUAUAUCGCGAGACCAUCAUCAGCACUCUCAACAUCAUCUUCAUCAACAUCAACGCAAGGAUCGAGAUGGGGGCCGUGGUAGAGGAAGAGGAGGUUCUCGUCAGUAGCAAUGAAUACAGUGGCAAAUUAUUAUUAUUGGGAAGAAAAAUGAAUGGACAAGGAGAACGCUGCGACUAAUUAUCAUUUUAUUCCAUACGUUCGCUUUUCAGGAUUUGAAAUAGGCCUUGCAUUUCCAUCAUAGAACUCUCUCUCUCUACAUCAAGGCCACUUCCUUUUGUUAAAUGAUUAAUAAUACAUAUGAUAAUUAGCGUCGCGUAAACAUAAUAAAUAUUAUGUAAUAAUAAAUAUUACAAAGAAGAACGUAAUUCAAUUUCAAAGGAUAUUGGGUAAACUUGAUGACGGUAAUAAGUAUCUAGUGUGGUGUUGCGUGUUAUUCGUCGAAAGGUGUUUCUUAAACGUACAAAUUAAUACAAAUGAAAAGAAAAAAGCAAAAAAAAAAAAAAAAGAAAAA